CUGCCGUGUCACCGGAGAGAGAAAAAGGGGAAGGAAUAUGGUUUCAUCAGACGCUCCUCCCGUUUCAGCGCGGCUGUAGCGGAUCUAUAUUACGAGCAGGAGGCUGGGGCUCUGUCCGGCUCAAACCUCAAACAACCACCUUCCCCGUUACCUACCAGCCUGCAGGAGCACUACCAGCACACCGGGACACAUAAAUGGUGGAGGCCGUGGUGGAGUUUGACUAUGAGGCUCAGCAGGACGAUGAGUUGAGCCUGACGGUGGGCGAAAUCAUCGUGAAUGUACGGCGGGACGAUGGAGGAUGGUGGGAGGGCGAGCUGGGCGGACGCAGGGGCCUGUUCCCGGAUAACUUUGUCAGGGAGAUAAAGAAAGAUGGAAAGAGGGAUGGAGGACAGGCAAGCAUGAUCAGAUCGGACCUUUCCAAUGGACAGGCCAGCCCUGUGUCCGACCCCACCGUACGGCCAGGCCGGAGAGUAGAGCAAAUCCGUAAGCGGAGGUGUAAAGCGUCGUUCAGCUACGUGCCUCAGCAUGAAGACGAGCUAGAGUUGAAAAUAGGAGACGUCAUUGAAAUCAUAGCAGAGGUAGAGGAGGGCUGGUGGGAGGGAUUUCUAAAUGGGAAGAGUGGAAUGUUUCCCUCCAAUUUCACCAAAGUGAUCAAUACGGAGUCAGACACACCCUCUGUAGACACAUCGCAGGAGGAGCUGCGCAGCUCCCGCACCAGUAAAGACAGCCCAGGCAGUGAAAGUGAUGGAGGCGACAGUCGGUCAGAAACAGGGUCAGGAGAAAUUCAGCCCAAGAAGGUCCGUGGGUUUGGCUUUGGUGACAUCUUCAAAGAUCAACCCAUCAGGCUCAGACCACGCUCUAUGGAAGUAGACUCAGAGGGGGACAAGGCCAACGAGGGGAAAGCAGCGAGUGCUCCGGAAACCAUGAAGACUGAACCUGAUGGCAAAGCCAAAGGGCGGGAGCUGUGUAAAGUCCUCUUUCCAUAUGAAGCACAAAAUGAAGAUGAGCUGUCCCUCAAAGAGGGGGAAAUUAUCAACAUUAUCACCAAGGAGUGUGCUGAUGCAGGCUGGUGGAAGGGGGAGAUCGGGGGAAGGCAAGGUGUCUUCCCAGACAACUUUGUCAAGCUGCUAGAAGCGGAGAAAGAGAGACCAAAGAAACCGCCUCCUCCCAGUGCACCCUCAGCUAAACAAACCACAGAUAGAAAGUCAGAGGUCAAGAAGGUUCCUCCUGAGCGACCUGAACAUCUACCACAGAGGGACCAGGAUCGAGGUGAAGAGGUGAAGCUUGGAGACAUCCCCAAGCCUGUCCUCUCAUCUAUCCUUCCCAAGAAACCCCUUGCCCCAAAGACAAGCACCUCCUCUUCCUCCCAACCCCCGCGGCGUCCAGAGAGGCCGCCCACUCUAGCGUGUGAAAGCCCUAAAUCUGAGGGUGGGGCUUCGACACCAGAUUCUGCCACUGACAGGUCACAUGACACUGAUGUGGACCUCGACGCAGUGGUGGCAUCAACAGAGAAGCUGAUUCAUCCGACAGCAUCGCGGCCGAGGGUCUCAGACCGCCGGCCUCGCUCACAGAUCAUCACACCUGGUUCCCUGUCCAGUAUCGAUCUGGACUCCCCUGCAGUGGAGGACAGGAAGGAGAAGGACAGAGGGAAAGAGGAGGCGGAGUCUGUCCCCUCCAGACCUGUAGAGGUUUCCCUGAGGAAAGGAGUCCCCGCCAUCUCUGCACCUGACAGUAAAGCACCACUGCCCACCAGGCCCUCUGUCUUGAACCCGCCAAACGCAGUCCAUCGCCCCAUAUCCCCGUCUUCCUCCUCGGGUCUGAGCCCCUCCCCCGAGCUCCGGCAUUCACCUCUGACCCCCCCGACACUGGAGGAACUCAGGAGCCAGCUGAGAGACCUGAGGUCCUCCGUAGAACUGCUGAAGAGCCAGCACAGGCAGGAAAUGAAGCAAUUGUCCAUUGCGCUGGAUGACGAGAAGAAGAUUCGUGUUAGUUUACAGAUGGAAGUAGAGCACAUAAAGAAGAGCCUGUCGAAAUGAAGACUAAAGCAUCAUCUUAUCACCACAUCGGAGGCCAACAUUUGAAAACAUUCUCACUGUUGGCCGAGACACUUCAGCCAAAACAAAGUUUGUGCCAAAUGAUCAUCACGAUCAACAUCAGCAAAAAUACAGUAUCAUGGAAUCAGCCACCUUCCCCCUUCUGACGCCGCCUUAUCCUGCGUUUACUUCUUUAUUCUUCUUUUGAAGAGGCUUUUCUUGUUAAGUUUACUGCUAUCUUGUCGAAGCUUGCUGUGCCACUGGUACUGACUGGCUGUGUGUUGUCACGGUUACAGAAUGAUGACACAGAGGCUGCCGUGGCGAUCUCGCUGAUACUUUUUGUUUAUAAGUGUGAAGGAAAUUUGGAACUCGACCUUCGUAGCCUGGUUGGUUCAGACAACCUCUGUGCUGGUCUGUGUCCACUCAGCGGCCUUCACUUUGUGUGUGUGUGUGUGUGUGUGUGUGUGUGUGUGUGUGUGUGUGUGUGUGUGUGUGUGUCUUGUUUUCCAUCCAUGUGAGGACUGCUGUUUUAGACCUUCCGAUUAGGGACAUUUCUGUAAAGUGAGGUUGUUUUGGCCGGAUCAUAACUUCUUCAAUGGGCAAGAUUAAAGUUAGGAUUUCAGUUGAACGAAGUCUACACUUCUUGUCGUUAGGGUUACAAUGUUUGACACACAUAGCUUGAUGUUUCUAUGGUACACUGCAGGCAGGGAAUUUUCAAAGCAUCAGCCAUUAACAGCACUGGCAUUUGAACAUAUUUUCCUGACCCUUCCCUUGUCAGUGUCUUAAUUCUUUAUUUUUGUAAAUACCUGUUGGGAAGCUAAAAUUAUAAGCACAUCAUGAUUCCUUCCCCCUAUCAGUUUAAUUAAGUAUAAUCAACAUGACAAGUACAGAGUACUGUGGUUUUACGAUAACACAAGUAUGUAUACUAUAGGUGCUUUUUAAAGGAAUAGUUUGACAUUUUGGGAAAUACGCUUAUUUGCUUUAUUACUGGGAGUUUAAUGAGAAGAUUAAUGCCACGAUUAUGUCUGUACACUAAAUAUGAAGCUAAAGUCAAUAGCUAAGUAGCUUAGCUUAGCAUGAAGACUGGGGUGAACAGCUAGCUUGUCUCUGUAAAAAGGUAACGACCUCUGCCUACCAGCACCUUUAAAGCUCAGUAAUUGCCAAGCUGUAAAAAAGACAAUUUGUGGUUUUAACAUGAAAACAAGACUUCAGAAAGUCACAAGAAAUCUGUCUGUCUGUUACAUAACCUUCCCUAAAACCACAAAUUGUCACAAUUACACUUUUUGUAUGGAUGAAACAAAAAGAGGUAUAAUAUGUAAAUGAUUGUGCUUUACAAGUUCUGGUAGGCUGUAGGCUUGUGUUACCUUUUGACACAUGCACAGCUGUUUCCUCCUGUUUCCAUUCUUCAUGCUAAGCUUAGCUAACCGUCUCCUGGCCGUAGCUUCAUACUUCAAAUACAGACAAGAGAGUGACAUCAAACUUCUUCUCUAACUCUCAGCAAGAAAGCAAAAGAACAUAUUUCCCAAACUGUUCAAAACUGUGCUGUGAUAUGUGGCUGCAAAUGCAAAGAAAAGCACAUCUCACUGCAUGAACACAACUAUCUAUGAAAUAUCAAGUCAAGAUAGCCUUCUGGACCAAAACAUAUUAUUUUACCUCUUUGUGAUUUUGCACAACGACUCCAGAAACAUUUAGAAACAGCUGUGCUGGCUGCGUCAACCACCCCCCCCCCCCCCCCCCCCCCCCUACCUCCCUACCCCAAAAAAAUCAAAACCGAGAUCCAAGUGCAUCUGAUGUUUCUGGUGCUCUUUUUGGCAGCAGAUAAAGGGUAAAGACAGGGUUUUUAGGAAUGUAGUCAGUAAAAGGACCUCACAGGUAAAAGAUAAAAAUGUGUGUGUGCAUGUAUGUGUGGCAGCAUGUACGGCUGUUUGCCUCCCUUCCUUAUAUGUGCACAGAAUCUAUGGCAACCCGUCACUGUGGCCUUCCUGUUUUUCACUCCAAAUUCUUCUUUUUCUCUCUCUUUCUUUCUGUCUUUCUUUCUUUCAUAUGACAACAAGAAAACUGCUACAACUGAGUCUACAAGUUGUUUUCUUGACUUGGUCCUUUCUCUCCAGGAUAGUGAUAAAUAUAUAUACUUUUAUAUUUCUGUGUAAUAAAGAUGCUAUUAUGUACUGUA